UCCUCCUCCUCGCCGCGUCCGCGAUUCCAGCUCGAAGCCCGGCCACGAACCGGAGGGAGUGACAAUCGGCCGGUGUCUGAUCUCUCCUAAUACCGCCGCCGCUUCCAGGUGCGAGAUGGAGGAUCCGUGUUCCUGGACCUCCGGACUGGGUCGCAUGUUUGCCCAGCUGUCCCGGCCGAGAGACAAAAGCGUAUGGGCAGCCGCCAUUGCACGGCUCGCAUCAUCCAUCUUAUCUUCCUCCGUUAUCAGCCGGGAUUUUGCGGUAAACAAAACUUGAGCCCAAGGCGACGGAGCGGAAUUUAGCCCGUCGUCGUCGUCGUUGUCUGACCUGCUCGCAGCACCGCCAAGGCCCAGAAUCCACCUGUCGGACGGAGUCGACGGAUCCCAAUCCAUGCCGUGGUCUGGGCUCGAGGGCAGCGAUCUCCAGGCGUCCGCCAGGCUAGGGAUGCUAGAGCGGCGGGGGCUGUUUGACACCGUGGACCGGGCGGACAUGCGUAAGUCCAUGUCCGAUGAUCCGGAGAAGGUAUACUGGCACGUCGUGAACGUUGC